UCGUUAAAUCUAGCAUUUCUUCUUCACCAACACAUGGUUUAUCCAAAAUAAAUUAAAAACUUUUUGCCUUUCCCAGACCAAAUAGAUAGAGUAUAUAUCCAGCUUUUCUAUCUUUAAUCUCGCAUUUCAUGUUUAUGGUUGAAUCGACUCUCGAUUCUUCUUCUCCAACACAAUGCUACUCUUUCUCUCUACAAUAGCGGUUCCGUCAAUUUCCCGCGUAAACCUUCUUGCCAAACCUUCAUUUUUCACAACUCUCCGCAGAUUCCAACUUCCGCACAAAUAUUCUACCCGCAGCGUUUCCUGCGUUCACAACCGAACUUCAAAACGCGAUGGAGACGUUGUCGUUUUAGGCAUCGAAACUAGCUGCGACGACACUGCUGCCGCUGUCGUGAGAAGUGACGGUCAAAUUUUGAGUCAAGUGGUGUCUUCUCAGGCAGAUCUGCUUGUGAAGUAUGGAGGUGUUGCUCCAAAAAUGGCAGAAGAAGCUCACUCACAAGUUAUAGACCAGGUUGUGCAAGAAGCCCUUGAUGAAGCUUAUAUGACUGAGAAGGAUCUCACCGCUGUUGCUGUUACUAUUGGUCCUGGUUUAAGUCUCUGCCUUCGUGUGGGGGUGCAGAAAGCUCGGAGAAUUGCCGGGGGUUUUAACUUACCAAUUAUUGGCAUCCAUCACAUGGAGGCUCAUGCUCUAGUGGCUAGGGUAAUUGAGAAAGAUUUGCAGUUUCCGUUCAUGGCCCUACUUAUUUCAGGGGGACACAAUCUACUCAUUCUUGCACGUGAUCUUGGGCAAUAUAUUCAACUUGGAACAACAAUAGACGAUGCUAUUGGUGAGGCCUAUGACAAAACAGCUAAAUGGCUUGGACUUGAUAUGAGUAGAAGUGGUGGUCCUGCUCUAGAGGAGCUUGCUAGGGAGGGUGAUGCUAAAUCAGUCAGUUUUUCUAUUCCAAUGAAGCAGCACAAAGAUUGCAACUUCUCCUAUGCUGGUCUAAAAACCCAAGUAAGGCUGGCAAUCGAGUCCAAAAAGAUUGAUGCCAAAAUUCCUAUUUCUUCUGCAAGUUAUGAAGAUCGAUUAUCACGGGCUGAUAUUGCUGCUUCUUUUCAGCGAAUUGCAGUGUUACAUCUCGAGGAAAGGUGUGAACGAGCAAUAGACUGGGCAAUGAAGAUGGAGCCUUCCAUAAAAUACUUGGUUGUGUCUGGUGGCGUUGCAUCAAAUCAAUAUGUUCGGGCUCGGCUUGAUACAGUUGUGAAGAAGAAUGGCCUGCAACUUGUAUGCCCUCCUCCCCGGCUUUGUACCGACAAUGGUGUAAUGGUUGCUUGGACUGGUAUUGAGCACUUUCGUGUGGGAAGAUAUGACCCUCCACCUCCUGCAGAAGAACCAGAAGGCUUUGUGUAUGAUUUGCGCCCAAGGUGGCCACUGGGGGAAGAACAUGUUGAAGGAAGAAGUGAAGCACGCUCCUUGAGAACGGCACGUAUUCAUCCUUCUCUUACAUCUCUAAUUCAAGCAUCAAUGCAACAGUGACAGUGCAUGAACCUCCGUGUUGCUUCAGCCUCUUUAAGUCUCUUUCUUGGAAGUUUCUCUGAUUGCGCAAAUGACAUGUUUGGCUGAAUUUUCAAGAAUAUAUAUUGCCAUGUUUGAUUCUUUUGCUGGGGAAACUGGCCAUUUGCAUUGAACAGCAUCUCCAGCAAACCCAGCUAAACAAUGUCACGGAAGGGAGAACCUCACAAUUGUGGUCGGAAGAUAUGAAAAUUGAUUACUGCAGCAACCAAAAUUGUAUAACUUAAAAGGGAAAAAUAGAGGAAAAAUUAUGUAUCUAUGACUUUUUUUUUUGAUGGAACUGUAUCUGUGACUUUUAUUCUUUACGAAAUUUAUAAUAAAAGGACUUGUAUUUAUUUAUUUA